GCAGGCCGCAUGUUUAAAAUUAGUACCGCCACAACUGUCGUGCGUACAACAUGUACGAAUCAACCAUGAGAAACGAGCCCUCAUCACAAACCCAACUCGUCGAGUUAAAAUAUUAAUAAAAAUAUUAAUUACUCUCCAUUUCCCCUUCUGCAAAAAAAAACAAGUGCGAUAUUUACCCUUUCCAAAAAAAACUCUUGAAUCAAAAACAUGAUAAUAAAUUCUUGAAUCAAAACAUAAUUUAAAAAAAAUAAAAACAUGUUAUUUACAUAACAAUACAAAGUGUAAAAUUGUGUUACAAAAAAAUAAUUGUGUCAAAUGAAACUGUGAGAGUGACCAAAAAAAAAAUAAAAAUGUUGAUCUUCAGGGUAGUUUUAUUAUUCACCAUUCACUGUCUAACCAGUGCGGAUCUCCUUGAUCUUUUCGUUGAGCACAUGGACGAGGAAAUGAAAACACCCGAAUACAAAAGGCAGCAUUCGAAAAUUUCCCGAAAUCGAAAUAAAAGAUCAGUCAUCGAGGGUCCCUUUUUCCAUAUCGGUAACUAUAGAAAGCAAAGACUCGAUGUUGAUGAAUCUUGGCAGAAAUCAUUGAAAAAUAAAACUAAAUCCUUCAAAGAAGAUGGUCUUGAUUAUCCCAAUAGACACGAGACAAACACCGAACCAAAUCAAUAUGAAUUAUUUAAUUCCAUCGAAUCACAGGGUCAAAAAUCAUUGGAGAAAAUUGAUGAUGAAAGACUAAUUAUCAAUUCGCAGGAAUCAUCAAAAGGGGGAGUUUUAAAGAAGCAUGUACCUAAGAAAUAUUUCUCUGGCGUUAAAAAACGAUAUCGUCGAUAUUGUGGUAAAAGAUCUAUUUUUGAGGAAAGUGAAAUGAGGAGUGAGGAGGAAGAUGAGGUGGAGGAAAUUAAUUUCAGUAGAAGUGAAAUAAUGGAUGAAAAUGGAGAUGUUGUGCUUGAAUGGGAUCCAUCUGAUGAGAAGAUUGUCACGUUCAAGGUCACUGCUAGAACUUUGGGUUAUAUUGGGAUUGGUUUUAAUGAAAAGAGCCAUAUGAAGGGGGCUGAUCUUAUUUUAGCUUGGGUCAACGAUCAUACGCAGCAAGUCAGCCUAUUGGAUUCUCACGGCCUUGAGGAGGCGAAUACUGCACCAGUGACGGAUGUAUCACAAGAUGUUGAAAUUGUCGAUGGCUAUCAAAACGAGACUCACACGACGAUUAUCUUCUCGAGAAAGUGGGAAACGUGUGAUCCAGAGGAUAAGCCAUUAAAUGGAGAUACGAUUAGAGUACUCUGGGCAAUGCAUCCCAGCGAUCCUGAAUUAAACUCGGCGGCUUUUCAUGGUGAAAAACGCGGUGGUAGGGCCCUACGUCUUAGGGCCCCUGCACCACAUCCCCCUCCUCCACCCAGGAGUCCUGACGUUCAAUUCUGGGAUAUUAAACUCAACCAGUUUGCCGUCUCUGACACAACGGACACUGAAUAUUGGUGUAAAAUUUUUAAAGCUCCAAUGGUUGAGAAGCAUCACAUGAUUGGGUACACACCACUUGUCGAGAAGGCGAAUGAGGCUCUUGUACACCACGUGAUUUUGUACGAAUGUGUUUCGACUUCACCGACCCUUGGAAAACAUACGAAACUUGCUGGGGCGCAUUGCUAUAGUCCAACGAUGCCAAAAGAAUGGGAAUCCUGUCUGCAACCAGUCCUCGCCUGGGCUCGUGGAAGCAAGGGAGAAUGGUUUCCGGAACACAUUGGAAUUCCAGUGGCGGAACAUACGGAGGGAUCGUAUUAUAUGUUGGAGGUUCACUACAACAAUCCGGGACACAAGAAAAUUAUUGAUAGCAGUGGUGUGAGAAUUCACUACACUUCUAAUCUCCGUAAAAAUGAAGCCGGUAUUCUCGUCGCUGGCGUGGCUGUGACUCCUCUUCAUGUGGUUCCCCCCCGGCAAAAGAAAUAUGCGACCGCUGGAUACUGCACUCAAGAUUGCACAAAUAUGAUGCUGCCGAAUAAAGGUGUGAAUGUUGUGUCGGUGGUUCUUCAUUCGCAUUUGGCUGGACGGCAAUUGAGUUUAAAACAUAUUCGCGAAGGCAAUGAACUGCCGCCAAUUGUUGAAGAUAAUCAUUUUGAUUUUGAUUAUCAGCAAUCGCAUACAUUGGAGAAGGAGGUGAAAAUUCUUCCAGGCGAUGAAAUUGUCGCCGAAUGCGUUUACGGAACAUUGGACAGAAAACGUCCCACAUUGGGUGGCUAUGCGGCAUCACAGGAAAUGUGUUUAGCAUUUGUGGUCCAUUAUCCAAGAACGGAAUUGGCCGCUUGUUACAGUAUGACGCCCGUUAAAGAUUUAUUUGAAACACUCGGCAUCAAUACAUUCAAAGGCAUCUCAAUGGAUCAUCUCGAGAAAAUUUUUCUCAGCACUGGAUUUGAUGCUUUGGCGCUGCCAAAUUUAACGAAACAACAGCAUUCUGUGUACCCGGCAGUUCAGCCAAAUGAUAAAUUUGACAAACAAUUGGUCAAAGAAGCGGAAUCUGCUUUAAGGGCGUUGCGAGAUUAUAAGGAAGCUGAUAAUAAUGAUGAACUUUUCUCGACAUUAAUAAUUGAAGAACCUUCCGAAUUUAGAGGACGAACGUUCGCAGAGCAUAUGUUAUCUUUACCUUGGACGGAGGAACUUCUUUCAAGAUCUAUUGAAAAAAGUUUAUAUCACGGAAAACAUAUGACAUUUUGCAGAAUGAGAAACGACAAUCUUGCUAUGCCCGUGACGAUUCAAAAUUUUCCAAACUUCACGGCACUGCCCGAACCAAAUAAUACAUAUUGCGCCGAAAUGAGGAGACUAUCGAGCUCCGUCGACUCGUCAUCAUCAAAUUCAUUCCACUUGAUUUUGACAAUAACCGUCUCACUGUGGUGGAGUUUUCGUUAAAGUUAAAUAUUUUUUUUUAACAACGAUUCUCUUAUCAAAUUUUUCCAAAAAGCAAUUUUUCUGCUUUUUUUUUCUCAUCUCUGUGUAUAUUAUUUUUUUCCCCAAAAACUUGUAUAAAUUGGCUCUUAACUUAUUUAUUUUCUACAUUA